CGGAAAUGGAUUAAAGUAACUGAUGAGUGUGUUUCAAGAUUUUGCUUCGGUGUACCAGGAAUUGUGACCGAUUGAACCUCAUGCGUCUAGUAGCAAAAUGAAUCGUUUACGUAGAGCGUAGAGUAUUUUAAUCAGGGAUGAACAAUUGGUGGUUCAGUAAACACAUUUUAGUUGUCGUUUACCAUUAACUGGAUUUUUAGUGUCAAAACGACGUUAUGGAUAUGACAUGAGUUCAUGAACUACUUCUUCUAAGCUUUUAUUCUCAUUUUUGUUUCAUGAACUGUUAUGCAGUUUUGAAAAAAAAAUCGUCGUGUGUAAACUAAGUUAAAGGUAUAGUUAAUGUCAUUUAUAUUGACCAAUUCAGCAGACAAUAGUAACUUUCUUGCAUACCCAACGUAAUCUUCUGAAAUAAGUAGCUCAACAAGAAUAGUGAUAUUUAAUGCGUUAGUGUUUCCACAGAAGAAAAACUGACCAUAUGCAUUUGCAAGUCUUUUUCUACCGGAAACACGUUUGAGCUAUGAUGUGUUCCUGCAUUUGCAUAACAAAACACUGAACUAAGUGUUUGCAUCUUCAGAAAUAAUCAUCUAGUAUUAAAAACUGUGACGGUUUGCUGAUCGUCAUGAACACAGAGUGCCUUCUACGAGUUUCGCGCAUGCUGACCAUGCUUUGUUGCGCAAUGUCUGUGACUGCAGCACAGACCGGUCUGAGCGCCAGAAUCGACGGCACUUUUCUUAUUGGAGCAAUGUUUCCAAUCCAUAAUCUACACGAGGGUGGCACGUGCGGUGACGUCAUACAGGAUCAGGCAGGCAUUCAGAACCUGGAGGCGCUGUUGUAUGCCAUUGACACAGUGAAUAAUGAAAUUCUUAAAGGCUUGGACUUCAAGCUCGGCACUCUGGCAUACGACACCUGCUACAGCGACACUGAAGCUCUUAAAAGGGCCCAGCAGUACGUGACAUACCGGAUCUACACCCUGGAGAUGGACUCCAUGUACAAGUGUGCUGACAGCAGCAGCCCCUUACUUGAAAACAACAGGACUUUGAUCGGAGUGGUCGGGGCCGCCACUUCAGUUGUCUCCAUUCAGCUGGCAAGCUUCUUUCGGCUUUUCAAAAUACCUCAGAUAAGUUACAGUGCCACGAGUACGGAGCUGAGCGACACUUCGCGGUACGAUUUCUUCAUGCGCACCGUGGCCUCCGACACCCAUCAGGCGAGGGCUAUUGUCGACAUACUCAAGCGUUUCCAGUGGACGUACGUGACCUGUGUUUACGAGGACACCAGUUAUGGUGAGAGGGGCUACCAGGAGCUUGUGCUGGCCAGCAAGGAGAAGAUCUGUAUCGCUGAAGCGGUUAAAGUCAAACGAUUUGUUUCUUCUGAAGACGCCAACCAACUGCAGUUGGAAGACGCCAUAAAAUCUCUUAGACGUCAUAACAAUACAGAAGGAAAGACGGUUGUUAUCCUAUUUGCAUCGAGCGACAUCGUAAAUAAAAUCUUCCGAAUUGUCGACAAGAUGGAAUUCCAGAAUCAUUUCCAGUGGGUGGGGAGUGACGACUGGACCGGAAGAAGUGUCCCAACGGAGGUUCAGGACAUUGUGGAAGGUACCAUUGGGGUCCAGCACAAAAUACGGAUCAUCCCUGAUUUUGACAAAUAUUUUCUCAAACUACGUCCCGACACAAAUACACGGAACCCAUGGUUCAAGAAGUACUGGGAACAAAUCUUCAACUGUUCCUUCGUCAGUAACGAUAAGAAGAAGCAUGUACCAUCGUGUGAUCCGAACCUUGAAUUGUCCGAGAAAGGUAAAUACCAACGCAACCAGAACACGUACUCAACAAUGGACGCUGUAUAUGCAUUCGCAUACGCCUUGAAAGAAUGGCACAGACGGUUAUGUGGCCAGAUGAAAGGUGUUUGUACCGCUAUGAAAGAGGCAAAGCCCGAAGACCUCAUGCUGCAAGGAUAUCUCAAGAAUGUAACUUUUAAAGAUCCAGCAGGCUUUGAAUUCAAGUUCAACAACACUGACGGUCCAGUCCGCUACAGCGUUUUGCACUACUUCCGGAACGAGAGUGUCUACAAGUGGAGGGAGGUUGGAGACAUUGACGGCAACGCUAUACGCUGGAUUGAAAAUAACGGAUCUCUCGGCUACCGAGCGUCCACGUGUUCUUCACCGUGUCGGCCAGGGGAGGCAAAGCUGCCGAUAGCCGGAAGGAACUGCUGCUGGUCGUGCCGCGCAUGCGCACAGUUCGAGUAUCUUCACGAAGAAAACCAAACUUGCAUCGCGUGCCAAGCCGGGACGACAACCAACCAAUCAAAAAACGGUUGCGCGGACAUACCGGAAAAAAGCAUGAACAUGCGUAAUAAGUACGUAAUAAUUUUCAUGGCGUUCGUCUGCCUUGGUAUCGUUGUCACGUGUCUUAUCGCAGUGCUGUUCUACUGGCAUCGGGACACUCCUCUGAUAAUGGCUUCGGGGAAGGAACUGAGCUUCGUACUUCUGUUCGGUGUGGUGCUUUCAUACGCAUCUACCUUUGCGUUCGUCGCUUACCCCACGGCGACGUCUUGUGCCUUCACAAGGGUGCUUCUCGGGCUUAGCUACACUAUUUGCUACGCCGCUAUUCUUGUGAAAACCAACCGGAUUUACCGAGUAUUUAACAUACACACGAAGAAGCCCAAGAAAGUAACGUUAAUAAGUGCUAAAUCACAGCUGCUAGUCACCAGCGCGAUAGUGUUCGUGGAAAUCCUGGUACUCUUGCUCUGGCUUAUAUUCGUGCCGGCUGACGUUGUGUAUGAACACCCGACUCCCGCCGACAACGUGCGUUCGUGCGGCGAUGCGCGCGGCCACUCGUACAUCAUCUCGCUCAUCUACCCGCUGUUACUGAUGAUCGCGUGCAUCUACUACGCGGUGCGCACGCGUAAAACGCCUGACGGCUUCAACGAGACGCGCUACAUCGAGUUCGGCUCCUACUCGUUCAGCAUUCUCUGGAUCGCCUUCAUCGCAAUGUACGUGUCUGUCUCGAAUAUUUUCGCGAGGGUUGGUGCGCUCUGCUUCUUUUCCGCCAUAAACGCCACCAUCACGCUGAUCACGCUGUUCGUAACCAAGGCGUAUAUUGUGCUGCUGAAGCCGCAGAAGAACACGCGCGAGAACGUCAUGGCCCGUCGGCGCACUUUCAACAGUUACGAGAACGUAGACAUACGCAACCUCAGCCUUAAAACAAGCGCAGUUUCAAACUGGCACCCGUCACACCCUGUGGUCGGUUCCCAGACGUCUUCAAUGAUAAAUGGUCAAGUGCCGAAGAAAUACGGACCCAACCUCCCAGUUUCUAUUUCCGCCAUUAAUCUUAACAACAUUAGCAAAUCAGUCGAGAGCCUUGACUCGGUAAAGUCCGUGUGUUCCGAUCUGCCGGACCAUCCAAUAUUCGUGAAUGAGGACAUACAUCAAUAUCCCGUCCCUGUUCGAAUAUCUACGGAUUUAGGCGAUCUGAGACUGAAAGAGUUUCUCGAGAAAAGUCAUGAAUACAACUCGGAUGAGGACACUGGUCCGGGGAUCAUUUCCGGUGGCGUCCCCAGGCGCUCACUCCGCUCAUUCCGGUCCCGGAAGCAGCGGCGCCACACGAUGAAGCGGACAAAAAGCCUGAACGCUGCGCACAAUCCUACCAUAGUGGUCACCUCGGCGUCGAACGAGGACAUAUCUGCACGGUUCAAGGUCAUACAUCUCUGACGAACAUUUUUUGUUUUCAUUAACAUGUUAUAACAUGUAUCUGUUGUUGGAUAUUUGUUCGUUGACUUAUUGAUUGACGAGAUCAUGUACACUCAUAUUUGUUGUUAAUGCAGAGUGAUGAACCAUUUAAAAUUAUUGGGGAAGUAAUUUCCUGUUUAGUAUCUUGCUAACUGACUUGACUAGGGACUGCUUUUUAAAAUUUCAAAUAUAAUCGAAAUAUAGUUUUAAUGCAUGCCAAGUCACUGUUUAUCAUAGCAAAUACGCAAAAUAGUGUAAAGAGCAACAGUAUUCAAUGAUUAAAAUACAAUUUCACACAUAUUUAUCAACACUCAAUAUUAGUUUAAAAAAUACUGAAAUAAUUAAAUGCCUUGCAUGCAAAUUAUUAUUGCUUUGGGGUUUUCUCAGUCGCCUAAGGCCGAAGUGACCAUCAGACAAUGUAUGGCGGGUAAAGACAGUUGAAAUCCGCCAGACAUUGGAGCUGGCACAAACGCAAUUUUACAAUAUACAGUAUUUCUAAUCGAACCUUUGCUCAGCCUCCUAUUAUCCGCCAUGUUGUUUUCCAGGUAACCUUUCAAAACUAAAUACUAAUAACGUCGACAUUUCGAAAUAAAGAGAGACGACAACAAGUUACACCUAUGAGUCUUCCCUUUCAUUAUACUCUUCUACCGUACAUCUUCGAAGGUUUAACAUUUUAAGGAAAUACAUGUAUGUUAUCGAUUACGCAAGUACUUCUGGGUUUCCAUUUUGUGCGACUGUGACCGUGUUUUUUAAUAGGUUAACUUACACUUAGUUUCUGCUCGGGUCAAGAGGACUCAAAGGAAGACGAUCAAAGUCGUUAUGUAUAAUGGUUGAGCAAGUAACAUCCAAAACAAAUGAAUUGUUAAUGGAAGAAAAAUAUUUAUUCAAAUCCAACAUGGAGCCGGUACGUGGAUUUCUUCACUUCAUUACUAAAAUAUACAUCAAUCUAAAAAGAGUACGUGAGUAAACGUUUUUGAAAUUACUAAAAUGAAACAAAUAAUCAAACGAAUUAAAUGAAAACAAAAUUUCGUUUGCUUUCGGGGUAACACUGUAAAAUAUUUACUGAAGUUUUCUCAGUUAAGUGAACAAUUGGUCUUAUUUCCACUCGCACGCUUGUUUUUUUUACUUGUAAACAUAUUUAUUGCCUCACUUUACUAAAAAAAUUAUUCACGGUAUGACUCCGAAAGCAAGCACAUAUGUUGCUAUGAACUUUAAAGAAUCCGUUUGUGUGUUGUUGAUAUGUUUUGAGAUUAUUA